AGUGUGCCAGCAGGCGUCCAUUAGGGCAUCCGAUCUCUGCGAGGCGGUGGGUGCGAGGGACGGGCGAUAUGACGGAGGUGGUUGAUCUGAUCGGUCACUUCGGACCCUGGCAAGCCUGUUUCGUGGCCUUCGUCACCUACCGCGGCAUACUGACGGGCUUCAACAACCUGGCGUUCGUGUUUCUAGCCACCGACAACGAGCACUGGUGCUCGCGCCCGACGCUACCGGAUGGCCUGCUGGCGAACAUCAGCGACAGUGAAUGGAAGGAACGAUUCAUUCCGUACAACAACAACGAUUCCGAGUCAUACAGUCAGUGUUCCAUGUACGGCUUACUGCAGAAUUCCACGACCGGAGAAAUCGUGCCGGACUACACUUCGCUAAAGAGCUGCGAGGCGUGGACGUACGACGAGCACGUGUUUGGACACACGGCGACGGAUGAGUGGAACCUCGUAUGCGAAAAUACGUGGAAGAAGUCCCUGAUGCAAAGCACUUACAUGGCUUGCAUGAUGUUGGCAGUACUCCUCAUUGGUAACGUAUCAGACAGAUUCGGAAGAAGAAUCGUGGCAGUUUUUAGCAUCAUUUGCUUGUGCGUUUCGGCGUCUGCACUGACCUUUAGUUCGAGCCUAAACUUCUUUCUGGUUGCCAGAAUCGGUGUAGCCUUCGCCAUAUCUGGACUACAGGUGGCCUGCUUCAGCCUGCUCGCAGAAACGAUCGGGCCGAAAUUUCGCAUUGCACUGAAUGUGUGCUACGGCUACGGCUGGAUAAUCGGCCUCCUCCUGCUCCCCGGGAUCGUGUGGCUCGCCCAGGACUGGAGGAAACUGCUCAUCGUUCAAGCGGCCUUCUCAGUCUCCCUCUUAUUUGCGCUUCCAUGGCUAUACGAGUCGCCCAGGUGGCUCGUAAGUGUAGGAAAGCAAGCCGAAGCGGUCGAGGCUAUCCGCAAGAUCGCGCGUUUCAAUAAGAAGCAACUUGGUGACGUCGAGAAGGAAGUCGAAGGCCUAAUGAAGAGGAAGCUGAAUGCCAUGCAAGGUCACCAGAGCAACGUGUCAGUGAUUGGACUUUUCAAGACUAAAUACCUGCGCAGAAACACGCUGGUGCUAGUCACAGUCUCGUUUCUGUCGUCGAUUGUGUACUACGGCUUCUCGAGAACGGCUACCACGCUCGGAGGGAAUCCGUACCUGAACUUUGGCAUCGCCGCCGCACUGGAAUGCACCGGCUACACCGUGUCCCUUGUGACGACCAAAUACCUCAAGCGAAUUCCCACCAUGUUUUCAAGCUACGGGUUCUUUAGUCUCACUCUACUCAUCACCGCUUUCACGCCGAGAGAGUACCUGGUCCUGCGAACGACUAUCCGCAUGGCCGGUUGGUUCACGUACACUCUGGGCUACACAACGCAGUUUGUGUUCGAGAACGAAAUGUUCCCCACCGUUGCUCGGAGCGGAGGCUUCGGACUGUGCAGCACUAUUGGCCGCCUGGGGGCAACACUCGAACCUUGGAUCAAUGUGUUUUUGAUGUCGUGGGGUGAGAAGGUUGUCCUUAUUUUGUACUCAGCGAUGCUUUUUGUCAUAUCUUGUGCCAUGAUUCUGUUCCCGGAAACGUUAGGCAGUCCACUGCCGGAUACAUUGGAAGAAGGCGAGCUCUAUUCAGCACUCAAGUUAUCGAAGAAAAUGAAGAACGCCAGCAAAAACAAAGAUUUGUACGAUAUUGUCCAAGCUGACGACCGGGAGGUGGAGAACAAGAUCUGAGCCGUAUUGGACGGAAGUACGAGAAACAGAAAAAAAGGAAAAAUGUGAAUAAAAACCGACAAAU